GGUAAGACAAAGGGGGUAGGGAAAGGGGUGAGAAAGAGAAAUGGGAUUCAGCCUUUAACCUAACAGUUCCUCACACACAACUGGUACAACUGGUUGUAUAAUGUGUACUUUUUGUUUAUAAUCUGUCUGUUUGCAUCUUGUGUUUGACGCUCGUUAUCAGGUGAGCACAUUCGUUUCUGAGCUGGAACUGUAACUGAGGUCACUUAGGUUUCUGUCUCUGGCAGCAGGUUGCUGCUACUCUUACAGAUAGAAGAAGAACUGAAGACAUGGAUCCAGCAAAGUUUGAUGCAAAGCCCGGAGACCUGAUCGAGAUCUCCCGAGGGUUAUACCAGCACUGGGCCCUCUACAUCGGUGAUAUGGAAGUCGUUCAUUUUACCGCUGGAGAUGGUGAUAUUGGCGUGGAGGGCUGGGGAAAGGUGAAGCGGGAGAACAUCUGGAAAGUGGUGGGCAAUGAUAAGUUCCACGUCAACAACUCCCUAGAUGACAAGUACCCGCCUCGUGAGAUCGACAUCAUCGUGAAGGAGGCCAUUGGCAUGGUGGGUCGCAAGCGGUGGUACUCCCUCUCGACUAGCAACUGCGAGCACUUUGUCACAAAGCUACGAAACAACAUGGCAGUGUCUCGACAGGUGGUUGAUGAGGUUCUCAAAGCCCUUGACGUUCUGACUGGGGUCGAGUCCUUUGUUAAAGAUGUCAUUCAUAAAUAAAUAAAGGAGACAACCAAUGAGAGAACCGAGAAGACAAAACAACUGGCAGCAAUGAGACAGCAAGACGAAAGGAAAGAUCCUGCCGUUGUUUGAGUCAGUUAACCUGGCACCGAGUAUGAUUUUAAUGUUGUGAAUAACGUUGGUGUAUUGUUGUCAACACACACACACACACACACACACACACACACACACACACACACACACACACACACACACACACACACACACACACACAACCUAUAACUUUGAGUUUAGGCAAGCUUUUGUGGAGUAAAAUUAAGUUGUAGUUAAAUCCAUGGCUGUUAUGUUUGAUAUUAGUUGGGUAGGUUGACCCCUUGGUUCCUUAUCAUUUUAUACAUGUCAGAAAUGUAUACAAUAAUUGAAUUGGUGCAUGUGGUGUAUGCAUGCACAUACUCUAAACUACUGGCACGCUGAGCUGAAAAAUGACUUUCAGCGUGGGCAUUUACCAGGCAGCGGGGGUCUAAAUAUUGAAAUUGCAUGAUGGGAAUUCAGAGCCUUCAGAAAUGCUGAAGGCUCUGGGUGUGGAGGGGCUGUCUUGGUUGACACGCCUCUUCAACAUUGCGUGGAAGUCUGGGACGGUGCCUAAGGAGUGGCAGACCGGGGUGGUGGUUCCCCUCUUCAAAAAGGGGGACCAGAGGGUGUGUGCCAAUUACAGGGGUAUCACACUUCUCAGCCUCCCUGGUAAAUUCUACUCCAAGGUGCUGGAAAGGAGGGUUCGGCCGAUAGUCGAACCUCGGA